GGCAAUCAGGAGUUCAGUUGACCAUCGUACCAAGAUGCUGCGUUGGUCUCUUAUGUUACUCUUCUUGUCUGCAACAGCAGGUAAUUUCCCGAGUGUUGCUGCAAAGCCAGUGAUUAAAAAGGAGGGGGAUGAAGUGAAGUUAACAUGCAAUCUGGUAGGAAAUUUGUCAAUUUCUUGGUAUUAUUUCAACCAGACUCUGGGUCGAUACCGCAUUGUAGGGGGAGAUCUAUACCACAUUGUAGGGGGAGAUCUAGUCUUCCAAGCAACCGUUGAGAGCUCUGGGAAAUACCUAUGUUCUCAUGAGCCAAAGGAAUCACCUUUCAGUCACGCUUUCAACCUCACCGUAGUAGAGCGAUUGGCGAAGUUGGAGGUGUCGGCCACUCCCUCCCACCUCGUUGUCAUGGAGGGUCAACCCGUGGUGCUGAAUUGUCAUGCCCCCACCUCUUCACUCGCUGUCAACUGGUCCUGGCACAUGACACCUCUGAACAGAUUGGGAAUUAACGUGAUGUACACCGGGAGGGAUGUGGUCAUCUCCAGGCCAGAGGAUAGCGGUUACUACCACUGCAUGGCUCAGAGCCUAGAGAUGGGGAUCAAUCAAACGGUGAACAGCUCAUCAUUCCUGAUUCAGGUUUUGGCCAUGCCAAAGACGGGACUGGCUCUUGUGGAUCAUUUGGGUCUGGCAGGCUUUGGUCUGUCUCUCCUGGGUUGGCUCAUCCUGCUUGCUGCUUUGCUGUUUGCCAGGGGGGGUUAUGCCACCUGUUGCACGCUUCUGGAGGAAGUGAUAUCCACAAGUCCCAAGGCUAAAGGUUUGACUGGAUCUAAAAUGGCCACAAGUGAUGGCCUGCCACAUGUUGAAAGUCAAGGUGACUACAUGAACUACACCGGAACCAACCUAGCCUACGGAGACCUGAAGCCAAACUCCAUGACUGGUCAUAAUGUCUACUCCAACCUAUCCUAGACCUCCAUGACUGGGAAGGAUAUCUACUGGAGCCUAUCCUCGACCUCCAUGACUGGUCAUGAGGUCUACUCCAGUAUGUUCUUGACCUCCAUGACUGGUCAUGAUGUCUACUCCAGCAUUUUCUUGCCCUUCAUGACUGGAAAUGACGUCUAAUCCAGACUACCCUAGACCUCCAUGACGUCGCAUUCAGCCUAUCCUAGACCUUCAUGAUUGAAAAUUACAUAUAACAGUAUGGCCUGACCUCCAUGACCAGUAUUUGACCUCUUUGGAGAGGAAAAUUAAGGUUGACGGGGAAUGGCAAAAUUACAUUUCCACUUUUAUCAACAGCUUUUGAAGUUUACAUGGAUUGUCCGAUGUUUGUUAUCUUAUUUUUACAUGAAAGUACAAAUUUUGUUUUUCGUGUUUGAGAAAUGUGAAGAUGUUUAUUUGAAUAAAUAACAUAAAUGAAGAGACUACAUGCAUAAUGUUUGUCGUUAAAAAACAAUGGCUUAAGAGGAACAUCAAUCAAACAAACUGAAAAGAAACAAACUGGAAGAAAUGAAUGAUAUAAUUCGGAUUUAGGAAUUUGGAUUUAUCAUGUAAGUCCUCAUCCUCAUCUACAAAACCGUUUAUCUUGGGUCGGUUCUAGUCAAUAUACACAUAUCCAACAAAACAAAUAUGGCUACAACAUUUAGAAUCACUUCCUUCCGGAUAAGACUUUUCUUCUGUGGAAGUUUCCUCAACAUGUUUUCUGAUUUAAGUGAUUUGUGUGACUAUGUGUGGACCUUAGUUGGUUUAGAUGUGUGUACAUUUGAUUUACGCAACUAUUAACCAUUCAAUAUCUUGGUCUUUUGCCGGUGUUCAAAUACACAAACAAUUACACAAAUGUCCUCCUGUUAUAGGAGAAUAUUUUCUUCCCCCUUCCUUCAUUGGAUGAACAAAGAAAUAGAUUCAAACAAGAGACUCAUUUGACAGAGUUGAAGCAUUCUUGGAGCCCGAUACUUUCAGAAUGACUGUAUACCUUACGUCUACAAAAGUUCACUGCCUUAAAAACAUUUCACAAUAGGAUCCUGUUUCGCAUUUCAAUAAAAUUCCACAAUGACAAUUGUGACG